UACAACAGGUUUUGUGGAGUGAAAUAUGAACAGUGGAAAGGUUUGAGUGGACUGCGUCUAGAAACAUCAUGAAAUUCGCAGUAGAAGAUCAGUGAUAGAUUAUUCUACAAUGAAAUUAGUGAGAAACAGAUUUGAUCCUGGAUAAGAAUAAUAUUUGGACUUGAAGGGAACAACAUGAAACUACAGGCUUGCAAGUAGAUGAUAACUAAGGGGCCAUUUACUUGAAAUAACAUAUCAAACAUUAUAUAUUUACAGCUUAUUGCCUUAUACAAUAUAUGUCUACUAUUUUUCUUGAGCUUCGACUGCCGCUUAGCUGGAUCAAAGAAGCUUAAUAUCCUAUAUUAUCUGCAAAAGUAUACCUAUAUCUAUACAUGUAUUUUUAUAAAUGUAUGCCUUCUAUCUCUAUACACAACUGUACUCUAUAUUUUCGCUAAAAUGUAAUGUGAUGUAGAAAAUAUGUCUGAUGAAAAACAGUACAGUAACCAACGAAAAUGCUUCAGUCAUCUGCUACUGACUAUAACCGUAAUAAAGUAUCCCAGAAGCGUUGCAUAGCUUCUUGUAGUAAGGAAGCAAAGGCUAGUGGAUAUACCUGACAAAUGGAGUUAUCCAAAUGAGUAAUGUCUAUUUGAAAAACCUGAUGGUCUAUUUAAUAGGGUGAGUUUAGUUUCUGCUAGUAAUAUAUAAGCUGGUGAAUCCUAUAAUGCGUAACCAAACUGAAUGGUAGAUCGGUCAAGAACGAACAAGACAAAUAUAUAAGAAUUGAAAGACGAAACCUGAAACUUUGAAUAGUAGAUGUGUGGAAUCAGAAGAUAACUUGAAAUUAAACAAAAGCUAAACAAAAUAAUUUUGAUGUGCGAUUUUUGUAAUUGCACAUAAAAAAAGUCGAUAAACUGACGGAAUACUGGAAUGAAGAUAAAGAUUCCUGUACUUUGCGGAAUCAUUUAAGUACGGUACCUUGAGUCACCGGAAUUAUCAAACAGUACAAGUAAACAGGAUUGUAGGUGUGAAAAUGCGCACAAGAUAUAGGAAAUUCCUAGUGAUGAGUAGUAACCCACUUAUUGAGUAAAUGUAACUUCAACAUAGCAUUGAUGGAAGAGAGGUAUUCUGAACAAGUACAAGACGUGCCAGACAACAUCUAAUCUGAAAAGAUAGCUUAAUUUAGAUGCAAAACAGAAAGUGAAAAUCGCUAUCUUAUAAAGGGCAUGUCAGAUGAGAUAUAACCAACUUGAGGGUCAUCAUUGCAAAACAAGUAUUGAAUAGGAAAGCGUGCUCAAAACCGACUUCAUUGAUGCGGAUGAGUGUAGGCUCCACAAAAGUGUAGCAUAAAGUGCGAGUCUGAAAAGGUAAGAAUCUCAAAAGGUGAAAAUCAAUCGAAAAAGAACAUUUGAGUGGACUACUUUGGUGGUAGUGAGUGACGUAGUGUAAAUUUGGUGGGAAUGAGGAGUGAUUAUGAGCAAGUAGUUGCUGUAUGAGCACAGCUGCGGCCGCAGGCAUGCAGGCCGCGUUACUUAUACGAGAGAAACAGCGCCUUCGCAGGAAGAAGUUUAGGAAGGGACGCGCAGACUUGCCCAGCCAUGUCGCCACCAGGGACAUAGGGCCUUUUCCGCAGUAUCCGCCUGGGUUUAUGUGUUCCCAAGGUCGUGCAGCAUGGCAAGAAAGAGAACGAGGAAGGCGCUGCUCGCUCUCAGAGGAAGCGCGGCAACACCGCCUCAAGCAAACCGAAGCUCAUCACAGAUGGAUGAAAAGGAACAGGAUCCACGACUGCACAUACGGCCCUGGUUCAGUGUCAUCCUCGGAAUUUGGUUUGGGAGCAUAUCACCAGAGUGCGGCAGCCAAUGCCCUCCUCUAUGUUGGCCUGGGAGCCACGGCCAUCGGUAGCGUCAUCUUUUUCGUGGGCACCGGGGAGAAAGGCUUCAAAACCCUGGAGCUGAGGCUUAUCGGACCCACACUUAUUGCCUGCGGACUUGUCUGCUGUUUAAUCAGGGUACUGCUUUGUGCAAUACCCAGUAGCAAGUGUUGCCAAAGGAAAAAGCAAGCUACGAGACUGAAGAAGGACGUGUGUCCACACAGCUCCAGUAGAUAUCCCUUGACAUCGAAUUUCCGGGAACCCAGGGAUACGGAUUUUGUUAAAAUGGAAAGGACUUCCUUGUUAAAUAAAAGUAAAAAGAAAGUGUCUAUAGUGCCGCCUAACCAUUCGUUGCCUAGUACUAGUACUACUGACGCUAAGGACUUCCACGAAACCACAAAGAUUCCGCCGUACGACGACACCACGCCGAUGUCAUCCACCAGGCUCCCAGCCCCCAUUCUGGUGGCUCCUGUGAUGUCGAUUCCUGAAAUCCAGCUGCCUACCGCCUCCAGUGGGAGCAGUAUCCAACGCGCCGACUCAAUCAUAGAGCUCCAGCCUAUGGACCUCUAUGACGCCCGAAGUAUUUCGAGUAGUGACGAGAGCGCGGGCGCACCAGACGAUGACACCAAGGGGGCAGGCGCUGGUGCAUCUCUCGAUUGUGGUGAUGCAGCCGAUAAAUCAGAAACCUGCCUGAGUGUAGUGAUAGAACGGAAUGACAAUAGUGACGGUAGUGACAUCCAAGUGGCAGUAACGACUGAUCAAACUAAUCAGUUACAGGGACAAAAUGGUGAUAAACAUAGUGGAAUCGUGUUGAGUCCAUUACAGCUACAGGGACAAUAA